UCUCCCUCUUGAUAUCUGGUCUUGCAAACAACAAGAUAGACAAGAGCAAAGAGCAAAUUCCAGCUAUUCAUCAGAAAUGAACAACACAUUUCAGGAUCAAGUUAUUGGAAUUCCAAUCAACUCAGGAAAAUUCACAGUUAGGAGAUCCGCAUUGAGAUACUUGCCUGGACCUGAUGGCCAAUAUCCUCCUGCAUUGAAAAAAACUAAGAAAGACUCAAUUCUAGAAAGGAUGAACAAGCUAGGGAGGAAAGCAGACAAUUUUGCAAAUGGUGUCCGGGAGCAUGUGAGACUAGGGUCAAAGAUUACAGAAACAGUGAAAGGAAAGUUGAGUCUGGGGGCUAAAAUUCUUCAAGAGGGUGGGGUAGAAAAAACUUUCAAGCGGUUAUUUGUUGUUAGCGAAGACGAGAAAUUGCUGAAGGUUUCCCAAUCCUAUUUGUCAACAACAGCAGGUCCUCUCGCAGGCCUUCUGUUCAUCUCCAACCAAAAACUCGCCUUUUGUAGUGAGAGAGCCAUCAAAUUCUCUUCUCCGAAUGGAAAAUCAGUUAGAGUCCAUUACAAAGUAGUGAUUCCUCUCAGGAAGAUAAAAAGGGUUAGUCAGAGUGAGAACGUGAAGAAGCCAUCACAAAAGUAUAUGCAAAUAGUUACAGUAGAUGAUUUUGACUUCUGGUUUAUGGGUUUCUUCAACCAUCAAAAAACUUUCAAAUAUCUUGAGCUGGCAAUCUCUCAAAUCUCAGAUGAGCUGCACGUCACUCUAGUGACUUAAAUCUUGUGCUUUACCAGAAUAUUGUAUACAUUUAGAUAGGAAAUUAAACUCAACGGAAGUACAUUGCACAAAAUUUUGUUAAGGAAAAUUUUAAUUCGUGAGAAA